AUACAGCAAAAUGGCGCCUACCACGACCGAGACCAUGAUCAUCGAGAUCGUCGACGAGUCCCUCGAGGCCGCCGGCAUCAGCCUCCCCUACAUCAAGAAGCAGCUGGGUGACAAGUACCCCGAGGACUUCGGCGAGAUGAACCCGAAAACGGCAAAGAAGGCGCGUCGCCACGCGUCGCCCCUUGUGGUGAAAGCCGUGAAGUCCGCGGAGGCCAAGUCGCUGAUCAAGAAGGCGGCGCGCGGCGAGAAAUGGCGCACGAUCCAAACCAUUCCCAAGGGCGCGAAGAAGCAGCCGGCGGCCAAGUCGGACGCCAAGCCGCAAAAGAAGAAGGUGAAGCCGGCGGCCAAGGAGCCCGAGCCGGUCGUCGCGGACGAGUCCUCGGACCCCGACGAGGAGGAGUGA